AAAAGCAAAAGGAAAUCCCCCACUGACCAGACCGUAUCGCUGCCUGCUGCUCUCAGCUCUGCUACUCGUGUGUGCACUUUGCGCGUGCACAUCGGGGAGAGUUCAUACAGCAGCGGAGCGCCAAUGAACAGCUGUUUGCUCUCAGUCUGUUUCUGUUGAAAUCGGAUCGGGGUUGGAUAAAAAGUAUUCGGGGAAGCCCCGGAAACCCGAAUAGAUCUACAACGAUGAUCCCAGUUGUAAAUAACCAUCGAAUCAUGUCUCUCGUUCUGCACCGGCUCUCUCUUAACUCCAGAAAGAAGAGAAAACACAUCAACGCAUUUGAAGAGGCCGACACAGUGAAUGAAUGUGGUGCUGCUCUCACGUGCCGAAGGGGCGGAGCCAGGUGUUAGGAGAGGAGGGGAGAGGACGUCAUGUUGAGGAAACGAAACCUAAAGCACCCCGACGUGUAAGCAGUUCUCUCUUUCAGGAGAUAAUAACACGCAUUAAAUACUCCGACAGGCAGAAACAACAACAAGGUAUGGCCCGCGCCAACGCUUCCUGGUCUGAAGAGAACUUUUCAUGUUCCAUCUGUCUAGAUGUGUUCAACAGUCCAGUUUCUACACCAUGCGGACACAACUUCUGCAGAACCUGUAUUACAAAGUUCUGGGAUGAACAAGUCAAGUACAAAUGUCCUGUUUGCAACAAGCUUUUCGACACAAGACCUGAUCUACAGGUCAAUACCCUCUUUCAAGAGAUGGUUGAUCGAUUUGGAACGUCCGUACGAGUAAAAGAGCAGCCUUGUGUUGAACCAGCAGAAGUUCCCUGUGAUGUCUGUACUGGGACCCAGCUGAAGGCUGUGAAGUCCUGCCUAGUGUGUUUUAUCUCUUACUGCCAAACCCACCUGGAGCCACAUCAGAGAGUCGCAGUCCUGAAGAAACAUCGGCUGGUCGAACCUAUGGACCGUCUGGAAGACAGGAUGUGUAAGAAACACAAUCAACUUCUGGAGCUCUUCUGCCAGACUGAACAGGUGUGUGUGUGUCAGUUCUGCACAGAGGGUGACCACAGGUCCCAUCCUGUUGUUCCUCUAAAGGAGGAAUAUGAGGUGAAGAUGGCCCAGCUGGGGAAGAUAGAGGCUGAAGUUCAGCAGAUGAUCCAGGAGAGACUAAAUAAUAUUCAGGGGAUUAAAGACACAGUUAAACACAGCCAAGCAGAUGCAGACAGAGAGAUAGCCGAUGUUGUGCAGAUCCUCACUGCUCUGAAGCGCUGCAUUGAAAAGUGCCAAGAUGACCUCAACCAAAUGGUUAAAGAGAAACUGAAAUCCACUGAGAAACAAGCUGAAGACCUCAUCAAAGAGCUGGAGCAGGAAAUAGAAGAUCUGACCAAUAGAAGCUCAGAGGUGAAGCAGCUCUCACACACUGAAGACUACCUCCACUUCCUCCAGGCCUUCAGAUCCCUGAAGGAUCCUCCACCCACCAGGGACUGGACCACGGUGGAGGUCCUUCCUCCGUCAUACGUAGGGACCUUGUGGAGAUCCCUGGAUCAGCUGGAGGAGACACUGAACAUGGAGAUGAAGAAGCUGCGUGAUGCUGAACUGAAGAGGGUCCAGCAGUAUGAAGUAGAUGUGACUCUGGAUCCUGAUACAGCUCAUCCCAGGCUCAUCCUGUCUGAGGAUGGGAAACAAGUUCAUGAUGGAGGUGUGAGGAAGAACCUCCCAGACAACCCUAAGAGAUUUACACGGGGUAUGUGUGUUCUCACGAGGCAGAGCUUCUCCUCAGGGAGAUUUUACUUUGAGGUCCAGGUUAAAGACAAGACUGCAUGGUGGUUAGGAGUGGCCAGAGAGUCCAUCAACAGAAAAGAUCUGAUCAUAGCGACCCCUGAGUCGGGUUACUGGACUCUCUUCUCCUACAAGGAUGGGUUGGUAUUCAAUUAUGACUCUGCUGUCCGUCUCCCUCCGAGAGCUGAGCUCCAGAAGGUGGGGGUUUUUGUUGAUUAUGAUGAGGGUCUGGUCUCCUUCUACGAUGUGGAAGCAAGGGUUCAUAUCUACUCUGCUACUGGCUGCAGCUUUACUGAGCCUCUCUAUCCAUUCCUCGGUCCAUGGCGCUGUGAUUAUGAAGGUAUAAACUCUGCCCCCCUGAUCAUCUCACCUGUAAAUCAAACAGACUAGGACCUUUGUUUGAUAGUAAAAUGAUCCAACGACCAAAGCAACUAAUGGUGUUUCCUGAAUUAGAAUCUCUACCAUGUGAGAUCUGAGAGAACUGUAUUCAUAUCUUACUGCUGUCAUAGAACAAGGAGUAAUUCAGUAGGAAGUGAACCCUGACUAUUAUAAAUGAUAACCCAUUCUAAAUUAUUAGAAUGGGUUAUAAUUUAUAACCCAUUACAUUAUAUUCUUCAUUGUCUGUUUUCUCCAGUCUUUUAAGGUUUACUGCUAUUCUAUUGUUAAUGGUUGCAGUCAUGUAUAGCGUGGUUUCAGGAUUGAUGUGUAUUUCAUAUUCAUCUAAACAUUAUUGUUAGUUUAUACUUCGGGAUCAUGAAUGACAACAUAAUCAAAUGUAAAAAUACUUUUCUGAUGUUAA